CUCGUGGGAGUGGCCUCCCGCCAAUGGCCGUGCCCGUGUGCGCGGCUCCGCCAUUGCGCGGCGGGACGGCGGGCGGAGAUUUUCCAUGAAGCUUCGUUUUCUAGGAUUCAUAACGUUUACACUUCUGACUUUGGAAGAGAAGUUCUGCAAAAAUGUCAAAAAUUGAGAAAAUGAGUAUCCUUGGAGUGAGGAGUUUUGGAGUGGAGGAUAAAGACAAACAAAUUAUCACUUUUUUUAAUCCAUUAACUAUUCUGGUGGGACCGAAUGGUGCAGGAAAAACGACUAUCAUUGAAUGCCUUAAGUAUAUAUCCACUGGAGAUUUCCCUCCUGGCACCAAAGGAAACUCAUUUGUUCAUGAUCCAAAGGUUGCCAAUGAAACAGAUGUUAGAGCUCAGAUUCGAUUGCAGUUUCGAGAUGUGAAUGGAGAACUCGUAGCUGUCCAGCGAUCCAUGGUCUGUACCCAGAAAGGCAAGAAAACAGAAUUUAAAACACUUGAAGGUGUCAUUACCAGAAUGAAGCAUGGUGAGAAGGUCAGCCUGAGCUCCAAGUGUGCAGAAAUCGAUCGGGAGAUGAUUAGUGCCCUUGGUGUUUCCAAAUCGGUGAUUAACAACGUUAUUUUCUGCCACCAAGAAGAGUCCAACUGGCCAUUGAGUGAGGGGAAGGCCCUCAAGCAAAAAUUCGAUGAGAUCUUCUCAGCAACAAGGUAUAUUAAAGCACUCGAAACUAUCCGUCAGGUACGUCUGAAACAAAGUUUGAAAGUAAAAGAGUAUCAGACAGAACUGAAAUACCUCAAACAGAAUAAAGAGAAAGCACAAGAAAUCCAGGAUCAUCUUAGCAAUAGAGAGGCUCAGCUGGCUGCUUCCAGGGAGAAUGUAAAAUCUAUUGAGAGUCAACUUGAUCCUCUGAAGAGUUCUCUGGCAGUAGUUGAGCAGAAUCUCACAAAAGUAAUGAGGCUGGACAAUGACGUAAAAGCCCUGGAGAGCAGGAGGAGGCAGAUGGAGAAAGAUAAUCAAGAUUUGCAACAGAAGAUGGAAAAGGUCUUUCAAGGAACAGAUGAACAGCUAAGGGAUAGAUACCAGAACCACCAGAGAACAGUGAAGGAGAAGGAGAAGAGGUUAUCAGACUGUAAGCGUGAAUUAGAUAGAGCUGCUAAAGAGUGCCAGAGAUUCAACAGCGAGAAGUCAGAACUACUGGUUGAACGAGGUCGUCUUCAGCUGCAGGCAGAUCGUCACCAAGAACACAUCACAACGAGGGAUUCACUAAUUCAGUCUUUGGCAGUGCAGCUGGAAUUGGAUGGUUUUGAGCAAGUGCCUUUUAAUGAAAGACACGUCACCACUUUUCUUAGGUUGUUGAAGGAGAGACUGGAAAGAGAUACAGAAGCUGCCAAUCAUUUGAUGAGAGAAUUUGCACGAAAAGAAACAAUGAAACAGAAACAGAUAGAUGAAAUAAGAGACAAGAAAACUGGAUUAGAGAGAACCAUUGACCUGAAAUCUGACAUUCAAAAUAAGAAGCAAGUUGAGCUGAAGAAUGUAAAAUACGAGUUGCAGCAGUUGGAGGGGUUCUCAGACAGAAUUCUAGAAUUGGAUCAGGAGAUUGUCAAAACAGAACAUGAGCUGGAGAAGGCUGAGAGGAACAGCAGUGUAGAAACGCUUGAACUGGAAGUACACACUCUGCAAAAUGAGAAAAUAAACCUCGACAAAGCUCUUAGGAAGCUGGAUCAAGAGAUGGAACAGUUGAAUCUACAUACCACAACCAUUACCCAAAUGGAGAUGCUGAAGAAAGACAAAGCAGAAAAAGAAGAGCAGAUUAGAAAAGUGAAAUCGAGACAUUCUGAUGAGCUGACGUCACUGUUGGGAUACUUUCCGAACAAAAAACAACUUGAAGAUUGGCUUCAUGCUAAAAAUAAAAAGAUCAAUCAGACAAGGGAUAAUCUUGCUGGCCUUAACAAAAGAUUGGCAUCAGCAGAAUACCAUAAGACGUACAUCAGCAAUGAGUUAAGAAAAAAAGAAGAGCAGUUGUCCCUUCAUGAAGCAAAACUUUUUGAUGUUUGUGGAAGCCAGGAUUUUGACAGCGACCUGAACAAACUACAAGAUGAGAUUGAGAAAAGUUCAAAACAGCGAGCUGUGCUUGCUGGAGCCACUGCAGUUUAUUCCCAGUUCGUGACACAGCUGACAGAGGAGAACCAGUCGUGUUGUCCAGUUUGUCAGAGAGUUUUUCAAACGGAGGCCGAGCUGCAAGAUGUGAUUAGUGAUUUGCAGUCGAAGCUGCGUCUCGCUCCAGAUAAACUGAAGUCAACUGAGUCUGAGCUUAAAAGAAAAGAGAAGAAACGUGAUGAAAUGAUGAGUCUUAAACCGCUUCGGCAAACCGUAGUUGAACUCCAAGAGAGGGACAUACCGGACUUGAGGAACAAAAUACAGAACGCAAACAGGGAUUUAACAGGCCUGAAGAGUGAGAUAGAAGAACAGGAAUCGCUUUUGCAGACAGCUUUGUCUGAGGAGGAAGGCGCCAAGGCGUGUUUACAGGAUAUAACACUAAUGGAAAGGUACCAGACUGAUAUUAGGGAUGUUGAACGAAAAAUUGCUCAGCAGGAGGCUAAGCUGCUGGGGUUCGAUUUGAGUAGAACUGUUCUACAAGUAAGCAAAGAAAAACAAGAGAAAAAACACUUGUGGGAUACAGUUACUGGUAAAAUUGAGUUAAAUCAAAAACUCAAGCAAGAUCAGCAAAAUCAGAUUCAGCAGCUAAAGAGUACAGUUAAUGAACUUAAAGCAGAGAAACUUCAGAUUUCCAGCAGUAUGCAGCGUCGUCGACAGCUAGAGGAACAAACAGUGGAAUUAACCACUGAGGUUCAGUCCUUAUUCAGAGACAUCAAGGAGGCUAAAGAGCAGAUAUUUCCUUUGGAUGCAACUUUAGACAAACUGCAGGAGGAGAAGGAGGAUCUAAUCAAUAAAAAGACUGCAAGUAAUAAAGAAACACAAGACAAGAUAAACGGCAUAAAAGAGAAAGUUAAAGAUAUCAACAAGUACAUGAAAGAAAUUGAAAACUAUAUUCAAGAAGGAAAAGAAGACUAUAAAAAGCAAAAGGAGUCUGAAUUAGAUGAAGUAAGUUCUCAGUUAGCUGCCUGUGAGAAACAGAAGGACAAGAUAAGUAAAGAGAUGGAAAUGAUACGACAAGACAUUGACACUCAAAAAAUACAGGAAAGGUGGCUGGAGGAUAAUCUUACCUUGAGGAAAAGGAAUGAGGAGCUGAAAGAAGUUGAAGACAACAUAAAACAGCUCAUGAAGGAGAUGGGAGAAAUGAAAGUCCCGCAAAUGAAAAAUGAGCAAAAAUAUUUAGAGGAGAAAAUAGAAUCUCUGAAAAGAAACCAUCAUGUUGCACUUGGCCGACAACGUGGAUUUGAGGAAGAGAUCGUUCGGUUUAAAAAGGAACUUCGAGAGUCACAAUACAAAGACGCAGAGGAAAAAUACAGAGACAUGAUGAUUGAUAUGAGAACAACAGAGCUGGUGAUGAAAGACCUGGACCUUUAUUACAAGGCUCUUGAUAAAGCAAUAAUGACAUUUCAUAGCAUGAAGAUGGAAGAAAUCAACAAAAUAAUCCGUGACCUUUGGCGAAGCACCUACAGGGGACAAGAUAUUGAAUAUAUAGAAAUUCGUUCUGAUGCAGAUGAGAAUGUCUCAGCCUCUGAUAAAAGAAGAAGUUACAAUUACAGAGUGGUAAUGAUAAAGGGAGAUACAGCACUGGAUAUGCGAGGAAGGUGCAGUGCCGGGCAAAAGGUGCUUGCUUCUCUUAUUAUUCGCCUUGCUCUAGCAGAAACAUUCUGUCUCAACUGUGGCAUAUUGGCACUAGAUGAGCCCACUACCAAUCUUGAUCGAGAAAACAUAGAGUCUCUUGCACACGCCCUGGUGGAGAUAAUAAAAAGCCGCUCGCAACAGCGUAAUUUUCAGCUUCUGGUGAUAACUCAUGAUGAAGAUUUUGUUGAACUUCUGGGUCGUUCUGAAUACGUGGAAACAUUCUACAGGAUCAAGAAGAACAUUGACCAGUGCUCUGAGAUCAUGAAACGCAGCGUUAGCUCCUUAGGCUCAUAUGUUCAUUAGAAUGUCAAGUGAUUACAUAUUAUAGACUGGCUUAACUGCCUAACUUGAUGGAGAUCAAAGGAAGGCACCUGAAAAUAUGGUUUCUUCAUAUCAUAAACUUUUGAAGACUUAUAACAAUUUUUGCUGGAAUCUGAAACAGUCAGCCUUUUCAACUUUCUCUGUUUCUACAUUUUGCUGUGCUUGGAUUUAGGAAUCACCAUCAUUUGGAACAAUAUUAAUGAAUACAGCACAGUUAACUUUUUGAUGUAUUUUACUCUUUAGAAGUGAAAAUAAAGUUGUGAUGUUCUUCAUGUGUUUCCUGGCAGGAAGAUCCAGGUGGGGAUUCUUUGGACAAGCUGCAGCUGUCAACAGAACAGGGCUUGCUCUCCAUCACUGCAUUAUGUCAAGUUGAGGAUUGAUUUGUGUCUAGUCAAGGCAAGUUCAUAGCUACCCGCUCAGUCUACCCAGAGUUCAGACUCUUCAUAGAGAACUUUUUCUGCUUUCUCUACAGUGUGUUAAUCGCUCCAGAUGUUAAUCUUCACAAAAUAUAACAGCUUUCUUUAGAGAAAGGGAAGUCCCAUCUCUAACUGAAUGAAUGAGCGCAUGUAUAACAGAAACAUAUUUUAACCAUAUUCUCUUUGCUUAGUGCCGUUUACCUCUCUGCUGCUCUCAGAUGAUGACAUUUAUGCAUUGUGUCGUAUUCUGAGUUUCUAUGAGAUACAUCAAGUUCUGUGAAAAUGAUACAAAAAUGCUGUAGAGAUUAUUUAUAUGGAUGCUGAACUUCACCUGCACCCCUUGGAGUUCUUCCUUGAAGCUGUUUUUUGUGGUACAGCAAUGCCCCAGGGACCUACAGAACGCAGGCCAAGGGGAACCUACCACCAGAACAACAACCGGAAGCUGACAGGGAUGGCAUGUUUCAGAAUGCAAAGGAUCAUUGUGAGUCCUGAGAUUUUGGACAAGGGUUCCUCAGCAACGUGCCUUCCCACCUCUGAAGCCCCACAAGCUCUUGAAGCAUGUGAUUCUUGAGUCUCUAUUUCUUCAUAACCACGUAAGGGGGCACCUCUUCUUUCUUGAACUCUAGGUACCAGGUGCAAGUCCAGAAGCAGAAGCUGGACUUGUAACUCUUUAAAUCUUUGUGGAGAGUGGCAGUCAGUCAAACCUCCUUAGCAGGCAGCAUAUGCCCAAAGCUCAGUUUCAGAGGAAGAAUCUUUAACCCGCUAUGAAAAAAGAGUUAAUCUCAGUGCCAUGAGGACAUCUGUCUUUGGCAAAUACGACAGUGAGCCUGAGAGCAUUGCACGCUGCCUUCUUCCCACUUCAGCAUCUGGGAGUCCCUUUAUCUUGGGGUAGGAGAGCGGGCAGCCCAAGCUGGGGGCCGGUCCAGCACUACGGCCCGAAGCAGGCGCAGGCCCUGACCGCAUGACUUUGCGCGGGGGGGAACAGUGAUGUGUGGCCCCACGGGGGCUGCACUGUAGCUCUAUCCCAGCUCUGUCAGCCCCUUGCAUUAAAGCAUGCCACUGCUGACACCACCCCAUAAACGGUCUGGACAACAUCUGCCUUGACAAAGACAAAACCCAACAGUAGCCCUUGUCUCGUUCUUCAUCCCAGCAUUGUGUGUAGGCAGAGAAGUAGGUGGACUUGGCAGUUGGUGCCUUUACGUGUGAUGCUAGAAACUGAGCACUUUAACUAAGGAGUGUUUCCACAUGAAUUUUCUGAAACUGCAAGUCACUAGAGGCAGGGUGGCCCCAGUCAUCAGGAAACCACUCAAAGAUAAACAGAUGAAUGGGACUUCCUAGCAAUUACACUCUCAUCAAUCCCCUGAAAAGGCCAUUAACACCAAACUGGGGAGAGGGGGAAAGAGAAGACAAAGGAAAAUGCUACUAAGAUGCAUUACGUUUGCAGUUUUAAAUAAGAAGCUUCACUGACUCUAGUACUACUUCCUGAAGGGGAAUUUUCUUAAAGAUAUAAUCAACAGAGAGGGAAAAAAAAAAAUUGAAUUUUCAAGUUUUCCUGUAAUACCUCUUUAUUUUAGCAUGACACAUAUGUCGCAGCUCACGAAGAACUGCAUUAUCUUCAGAAGCAGCUCCCCAACUCUUUCAAUUCUGUGCUUGUUCUUCUUAAGUUAAAGCCAUGGUUUGCCAUUCCUUGGUAAAGUGGUUUGGGCACAUUUUUGCCUGAAACAGCCUUACUCUCUUCCCCAGCUGCAAAGUUCAUCCUCACACACAUUCUGGAUAUUAAAGUUUUUGCCAGAACUUGAAAAAAUAGAGAAAGUGCGGUGGGAAACUAACCUCUAUCAAGUGUCAGAGUGGCAAAAAUUAAUCCACAUAAUGAUUGUUCUCUACACCUUUCAUUUGAAUAAUCCAUAGGCUUCUCUGUAGCUGAAAGCGUGGGAAAGAGACUGCACCGGCCCAUGCUUUUGAUACAGGAAACAAAAAAUGUGCUUAUGUGAAUCGGGUGUAGGAGAAACUUCAAACGGGUAGAUGAUCCUCUGCUACUCGUGGCACCGCGGGGAGAGUGAGGAGAAGAGCAGGCCUGUGCUGCGACCGCCCCCACAGGAGCCUGAGGAUGCAGAUGGGUACAGUCAGCCACCCCCAGCACAACGUCAAGGGGGUCCCUGCUCUGCCACGGCUUCCUGCCCUGCCACACAGGCGAUGGCUCGGUCUCCCCUCCAGCUCUGGCCUGCAGGUGAGGGUGUAGGAGCAGAAUGUUGUGGGGAAGGGGUUGUGACCCUUACUGACAUUCAUGGUGCUGCACAAAGUUCAACACCGUCUCUGCGUUGUGAGGCCCUGGCCCAGGUUGCCCUGAGAAGUCGUGGCUGCCCCAUCCCUGCAGGUGUUCCAGGCCAGGUUGGAUGGGGCUUGGAGCCCCUGAUCCAGUGGGAGGUGUCCCUGCCAUGGCAGGGGGUUGGAAUUAGACUAUCUUUAAGGUCCCUUCCAACCCAAACCAUUCUAUGAUUUGAUCUAUAGCGCAGAACCAAGCAGAGAUGUCAAAGCAAGUUGGGUGCAAAUUUAUUAAUGUAACUCAUCGGGCAGGUCACAGAGUGGCACAGAAGCCAUUCGGAUUGGCGCUGAGGCUGAUUUCCAGUGCAGGGAGGUGUCCGUCCUCCCUGCAGCGAUGCACGCACACCUUCCCAAGGCACAGCCACAGGCACACACACACAUGCCAUGAGUUAACCAAAAAUGACAACUGCAAACAAUAACUAUCAGUGCUUUAACAGAACCAUUGGUGAGCGUGGUUGCAGCGGGCUCUGGAGCCAAGGAUUGGGCAGUUGCCCGGGGUGGUGAUUUCGUAGCCACGGCGGCACCCUGAACACAGGGUUCCUCCCAUGGCUGUGCAGGCUCUGGCGGGGCAGCCUGAGGAAGGUUCGUGGGGAAUCCAUCCCUUUGCAGGGUGCGGGUGCAGAGGGAGCGCGGUGCCCGCGGAGCCAGGAGCCUACAGCGGCAAGUGCCUUUCCUCCCACCUCUGUGCCACAUCAUUUAUUUCUGCUGUAACACAACUCAUUUUCGAUUUAUCUGCACUUAGUGAGCGAGGUGGCAACUACUUUCACUAGGAAAAAAAAAAAGGGUGUAAAGGCAGCCGUGUCUGAACAGCCUUGUUUCUACAUGGGAUUUAUAUUAGCAGUGAAAAACCAAUCCUUUGAAGGGCUGGUGCUUCCUUAGCUGUUCUUUACGCAGUACAGUGCUGUUCUGUCUGCUCAGAGGCUGCUCCAAAGGCAGGCGCUUGGCUCGAGGUACCUUCUUUUUAAAAAAGAAAAAACCCAAACUGCUCUCUGACCUGCCUGAAGUAAAAAAGUGACUUUUAAUCGCAUCACUUGCUAUUUCCAUAAAGUUUCUAACUGAGGGUGUCUGUGUUUCUGCCUGCGUGCUGCAUUUUGAGCAAAAAGCUUUUGCAUGCCCUAAAUAUUCAAAAUACCCCCCCAACCAGAUGUGAUUAUCUACAAAUUAACACCGCAAACCAAAGCAAUAAAUAGAGAU